GCUUUUGUUCUGGCGAUUAGCAAAACGUCGGAGACGCUCCUUUACACCGGCGGUGACUCGGGCAAACAUUAACCCCCCCCACCUACCUGCAGUUGUACAGCAAACAGUGAUUAAUUUUAUGAAUACAACAGCGCACACACGCGCCCACAAUAGUUUUACUUUUUUUUCUUAUUGAAACGUCAACAACCCCCAUUCACAACGCGGAUGACGUUGCUCGGGGUAAUUCCCCGCGUGCGCACCUCGGGUGUGAUGCAGUCACAGUGAGCACUUUAGCCCCCCCCCCCCGCCUCCUGUAAUCCCACCAACACACGGCUUGCCCCAGUCAAGGUGCCAGCAGCUGGAAGCGGUUACGAAGCGAGGCGCGACGCGGGGACACGCUCACACGCACGCACGCAACGCAACACACAAGGCGACCGGGUGUACUCUUGCGCGUCCACCGAGGAGGAAACGCAGGCAAGAGGUUGGAUGGAGACGCACCUCAACUGGGCAGUCACGGCUAAUUGAAGCUGCCACAGGUGGGAGAGCGUGCGCCUAAAGUUCAAGGAGCCUUUCAUGAGCCAAUGGUAUACAGGAUACCCAUCGGUACUAUAUAUAUGAGCCGUGCAGAGCAAUGUGCAUUGACGACGGGGUGACGAUGGUAACCACACGAAGAAGUCCCGUGGACAUUGUGACAAAGUGACCGAGGGAAUCAUCCAACCACAAAUCAAGUGCCGGAGUCGAGAUCUAUCGUCCGGAGCCCACAGUGAGCCAUCGACCGAUCUCGGCCGGCUCGAACAUCCCACACGGCGUCGUCGCUACGCGCACCGAGCAUCCCGACGAUGUCGUCUCCCGUCAUCGCCAGCAACGGCCCGGACGGGGGCCUCGGCGGACACGCCGACGAGUCACCCCGCGCCGUCCAGCCCCCUCCGAGCCUUCGCCUGCUCAGCGACGGUCGGAACCGCGGCGGCGAGGAGGACGCACCGCAGUCGCCCAUCUGGGUGCUGAGACCAGAACGGCUGAGCGUGCCGCGCGCGGCUGCCGCCGAUGACGACGACAACGACGACGACGGCGGCGGCGACGACAACGAUGAUGACAACGAUGACGACAACGAUGACGACAACGAUGACGACAACGACGACGACAACGACGACGGCGGUGGCGGCUCAUGGCCCGAGAGCCCCAGCUCGGAGGGGUUGCGCGGUUCCCCUUUGCCGGCGGCGCGGCCCGACCCCGGCGUGCUCUCCCUGAACCUCGAGUCGCUGUCGGAGCCGGACGGCGACGGCGCCAAGGGCGGCGGCGGCGGCCCGCCGGGCGGUGCGACUCGCCGGGCCGGAGAGGCGGCGGCGGCCGUGGACGGGGGCGGCUUCGCCUCGACGCCCACGUCCGCCGAUCGUUCGAUCUGCGGCCCCUGCGACGACACGACGCCCACGAGGGAUGUAUGGGGCGAGGAGUUCAGCAGCGCCUCGACCUCCCCAUGCAGGGAGCUCUCGCCCACCAUGCCCAUCAAGCAGGGCUGGCUGCGUUACUGCCACACGCACGAUGGCAAGCUCCAGCAGCCAAGCCGCCGGCUGGCCCCGGUGUACGUCGAGGUGAGCGCGGGGCUCCUCGUGCUGCACGGCGGCACCCCCCCGGUGGGACGCGCUCGCAAGCGGCAGCAGCAGCGGCAGCGGCGGCCGCGGAAGAUCUCCCUGGCGGCGUGCACGUGCGACGUCGUGUCCAGCGAGCAGCGCGGCGUCCACGUCCUGGGCCUCUCCACGCACGACGGCCGCGACUUCCUCUUCCACGCCGAGGGCCAGGCCGACGCGCUGGCCUGGGGCCUCGCCGUGCACGAGGCCCGGGCUCAAGCACUGGGGCAGAGCAGCGACAGAUCCCCACCCGAAGCGGAUGCUGGCGACGUCUUCCCCCGAGCCUCGUCGUUGUCCCGCCGGUCGUCCUCGAGCAGGUCGAGCUUCGGCAAGGGCCUCUGGCAGUACGUGGUGAGCGGGGGGCUCGGCCGCAAGUCGCGGACCUCCCCCACCAAGGGCGCCCAGACGUUCAGGGUGCUCCUGGAGGACUGCCCGCAGUCCCGCACCAGGUGCGUGCCCAAGGUGGUGGAGGCGUGCUGCGAGGCGCUGGAGGUGCACGGGGGGCUACGGGCCGAGGGCGUUUACCGCGUGCCGGGCCGCACCGUGAGCGUGAACACCCUGCUGGAGCAGAUCGACGUGAGCGGCGGCGUGCUGGACACGGACGAGAAGGUCUGGCAGUGCCCCAGUAUUGUGGGCUCGCUCCUGAAAGGCUUCUUCAGCAAGCUGCCCGAGCCCCUCAUGACCUACGAGAGUUACGAACCGUUCUUGGAAGCCAUGGGUCUGGAGGACUUGGACGAGAGGCUGGAGAGAAUCAAAGAGCUGGUGGAGAACCUGCCCAGGUACAACUACCACACGCUGCGCUACAUCAUCCGGCACCUGCGCCGCGUGGCCGACAACUGCGCGGAGAACAAGAUGAGUGCUGAAAACCUGGGCAUCGUGUUUGGGCCCACGUUCUUACGAUCCCCGGCAGGGGACAUGACCAGGCAGCUGAUGGAGCUUGGAAAGCAGAACGCGAUCAUCGAGACGCUCAUCAAACACUGCCACUGGAUAUUCAUCGACGGAAAUACGACGCCCAAAGGGAGCGCGGAUGGCGAGUCCGACCAGCCGAGCCCGGGGCCCAGGAAGCAGGCCGCGGCAAGCAGCAGCCCCACGGAGGAGUCCGACCUGGAUUACCAGUCGUGCGACAGCAGCCGUCCGCUCAGCAGACCGGAGAGCAAGGCGGGGGACAUGGAUCUUGCGCAGGGGAGGAGGAGCCUGCGCUCGAGGAAGGACGCCAGCGCUGAGUCUCCCGACGCCGAGCGGCGGCUCCUGGACCCUGCCGACGACAGCGACGACGACGAAGGCAGCCUCUCCUCGUCGCUGGACGGGCGACACUCGCGGCUGCUGUGGUGCGCCGCCUCCGACGUGCGCCACCACACCGUCGCGGGCGGCCAGCUGGCCCGGGCCGGACCCAAGCGGCGGUGGACGCCGCUGCUGUCCCCGGACGGCCCCCGGCUCUUUUCCCCGACGGGCAAGCCGUACAGCCUGAGCAGCCCGCCGUCGCCCGAGCGGCGACACGAGUCCGCCGCCAGCCCCAGGGCGCGCCGGUGGAGCGGCGUGCGACGCCUGAGCCUGAGGGACGCCAGGGAGAGGGGGUCGGCGAAGGCGGCGGCGUCGUCGCCAAAGGUCAGCAGGUCCACGGAGUUCGUAUCCGGACCGCGGAUCGGUCCGCCGGGCCCCCGGCGCGCGCCGUCGCACGCGGACGGCGGCGGGACGACGGGGCGGCCCGAGCGGCCGCCCGAGGGAAGCCCCUGCCGCAUUUCCAUCUUCGUGGAGCGCUGCAGCGACUCGGAGCAAGGGGGCGACGACGCGGCCUUCCGGCCCGCGGACGCCCGCUCCCAAUCCGACGGGUCGGAGGCGGAGAGGCCCGCCGUCGUCGGUGCCGUCGACGGACCUCCGGGGGCGGCUCCGGCGCGGGGGGCGCCGUCGUCUUCGAGGGGCGAAGAGGGCGACCGGCGGCGCGCCGGACCGCCGGGGGAGGCGCGGCGCUCCGCGAGCGGCCGCGUCGCCAGGAGGGACAGCCUGUGGGUGACGGCGAGCAGGCGGAGGUCGGUGCCGCGAUCGUCGUCCUGCUCGGACAUUCUGGCGCAGCUGCGGGCGGACCGCAUCGACGGCAGGAAAUCUCCGAAGUUCGACUUGCCCAAGUAUUGGAAUAAGUUGCUGGGAAGGGCGAAAAAUCUCUAACUCGGUGAAAGUAACGCUGGGCGCCGCACCCCUCACCCCCGCCCCCCGCGCGGUGCCUUGUGGUCGCGUCAACUUCCCAGGCGCAAGCGGUCCCGCACGUCGAUUGACGCGACGACGAGUGCGUCGUCAUCCCGCGUCGCUGCGGCGGCCGCGUGGGCGUCCUUGAACGGCACCCGGCAGCGGCAGCAGCAGCAGCAGAGUGAACAAUUGGGCUGCACACGCUGCCAAGUUGAAGCCGUGGACGGGCCAUGGAUCAUUCGUAAAAAGUCCAAACUGCAACACUUUUGACCGGUUUGAAGAAGAAAAAAGAACGCGUGCUUAAAAAGCCACGUGGUCGGGACUUUAUACGAACCAUUUUGUUUCAUAAACACAACGCCGGGAAGUUGAGGAGCCUUCCUGAAAAUGCCUCCACCCUGCCGAUUCCCGUGACCUCAGAAAAGGCCCGCCACCUGAAGGCCUUCAAACGAAGCGACCGGGGUGAUACUGCGUUGGCAGAGAUGCACGAGCACUGGAAGCAAAAGAAAAACUCAACACAUUCAUCAAUAACACUGACUUAGAAGGAAAACACACAAUGAAAGUAUAUAUGUAAAUACACAAGUACAUUGAAUACACAACGAUUCGGGAAAUGGACCUUCUUCUGCGUGCUAUGAUGGAAGAAAGGUGACUGCAUACAAUGUCACCGAUUAUAUAUUUUAUAUUUUAUUGCCCUUUUCAGGCCACGGUGUGUGUUGGGUGUUUGUGUCUGCUGCAAGGAAACAAGCGUGUUAUAUCAAACGGAGGAGGCUUGCCCUCCCGGUUGUCUGAGCGACUGACUAUGAAUUACGAAUACUGUGUUGAGCUCUUGCAUUGUAAUUAGGGUAUCCUGGGUUUUUAACUAAGUAUAAAAGCGCCGUUGAGAUAUUACGAACACGCAGCUCCGAUGAGGACGGUUGGCUACGUACAGCGAGAGAGAAGUUCCACGUGUGUACAUACGCACUCAAGGCGACGAAGCACUGUCAUUGAAAUGUGUAUAUAUAUUUAUUUGUUACGCCAUUCUACAGUAAUUGCCGCAUGUGUUUAAACAAGAACAAAAAUUCAUCUUCUUUGGUUAUUUCGGUAAAGUCACG